UCCGUAGGGAAGGGUAAAUACUCAUCGAGCAUCGGAGGCUCCGGCGUCGGUCUUCACUGCUUUGCUCUUUGGUUUCCUCGUUUCUGUCGUGAGCUCAGCGCAACGUUGUGUUCUUGCUUGUUUCGGUGUUGCAGGUUUAUAGUGUAGCGCUCGUUUGGCUCUGGCUAUGGACAUAUUGUGUUGCAAAGGGCUACGACAUUCUGCUUCGUGAUCGGUUCAUUUGCCUAUAGACUGUCUGGAAGUUUGAUUUACUGGUUUUCUUGCUCAUUGUUGAAGGUGGGGUGUCUGGGUUCAUCAGGUUAUGUGCCUUUAUUGAAGGUGUGCGAGUUUCACCUUUAUCAUUGGUAUCAUCUGUCUGCAGCUUCUUGGCUCGUUGCUGAUCUUUAUAUCUUACGUGUUCAGGCUAUCUUUUCGUAUUUAAGGAUGUUUGUCGUGGGUGCGUCCUAUGUUUCUUUAUUACAGGCUGUGGUCAGUCGGUGCCAAUCGGUAUCUGCUUAUUAUUUGUGUGAGGUCGCUGAUGAUGGAUCUGUUCUAGCUGGUGUAGAGAUAGAAUUGCCGCCUUUGCACACAGAUGUUACUGGUCGUUGUGUGUUUUUUUUGGAAUUGUCCUCAUAUAACUUAUAUGGCUCCUUAUGAGCAGGCAGCAUUCCAAGCUGAUAUGUUUCUUGAGAGUAUGAGUGAGCCGAUUUCCCCUUGCCGACAUCCUUUCCGGUCAUCCAUGGUUCUAAACACCAUGUCAACAUUCAUGCUUAAAGAUAUAAACCCACAAGGCAGACAUUGGAGCAUUUGCACAAGGGUAUCAAGGAUGUGGGACUAUCGUGGAGGAACAGAUGAUGGUCAAAUACGUCAUGUCGAUCUCGUGCUUGUUGAUGCUGAGGGCACUGCAAUGUAUGCUGAAAUCGCAGCUGACAAUAUUGAGACUAAAAAGUCAUUACUUGCAGAAGGAAAAAUAUAUACAUUCAGGAGGUUUAGAGUUUUAAAAUCUAAGACCACUUAUAGACCUGUCGAAUCAGAGUUUAUGAUUGACAUCACCUGCCAUACCUUAAUCGAGGAAAACCAUGAUGCUCCAGCCGAUUUCCCACUCUAUACCUACAGCCUGACAAACUUUGUUGAUCUACCUAUGCUUGUUGGUGAAACCAAGCGUUUCAUUGAUGUAAUUGGAAUGAUCACAGAAAUUUCUGAGCUAGCCACCAUUCAGCUUCAAAAUCAGCAAAGGCCUACACUCCGAAGAACUAUUACAUUGAAAGAUUCAAGCAACUAUGAAAUGAAAUUAAAUUUAUGGGGCCAAAGAGCUUCUGAGUUUGAUUCCGAUCAGAUAUGCCAGCUCAGCCAAGACCAUCCAGUGAUUGUCAUCUUUGUUGGUAUGCUUAUGAAAUCUUACAAAGGUGAACAUUUGUUAAGUGGCAACACAGCGUGCUGCUGGUAUAUCAAUCCUGAAGUCCCUGAGGUCGAUGAUUUUUUCCAUGGCCUCGGUGGUCAUUUCCAUCCUAUACAGCGCACCACACCCAUUCAACAACAACAGCCCUCUCACAGUACCAAUGUCGAACCGCAGCAAAAAAACUCUCUAUGAACUUCUUCAAAUUAGCCCAUACGACUUUCCAGCUAAGUGCAGCUCGCACAUAUACUUGUUGUUAUCUGUUUUGUUCCUAUUUACAUUCUGCACUACUCAUCCAGUUGCUAACUAAUUUUCCCUAAUCUACAACGUGAAGGAUUUCGGUGUGUCGUCACUAUCUCAAGGAUAGAUCCAUUGAUAUCAUGGUGGUUUCCUUCUUGCAACCGAUGCAGCAAAACAUCACUGCCACAUGGAAAUGACUACAAGUGCCCACACUGCGCCUGUACUGGUUGUACAUUCAAAUACAAAAUAUGCUUGAUUGGAACUGACGGAACAGAUGAAGCAGAAUUCUUAUUCUUCGGAGCUAUGGGACAGCGCCUUGUCCAAGAUGUCAAAAUGCUAAUGAGGUCAUGUCACAAAGCUAAUGAAAUUCCAACCCAGAUAACAUCUUUAGUAUCACAAAAAUAUCUGCUCACAAUCAAUGUGACUAACAAAUGCUUUGAGAGAGCCCACCGAUCAUAUCAAGUGAAUGCCAUCAAUUGUGCAUACGGCAGGCAACCUACAAUUCCAACAGUUACAAAUCCCACUCCUAGACUUACUGGGAUGAAGCGCAAAGGUGAUUCGUAUGAGGCUACAGCAGCUACUGAUCCAUCAUUAGAAGAGCCCCACCAAAUCAACAUCCCUGCUCUUCCUCAGAACAUAAAAGAUACCCCGCCACCAAAGCUCUCACCAACACUUACGUUGUCUAAAACAAAGACCUCUUCGUCAUCUUCAACCUUAUGAGAUGCAGUGCUGAAGCAAACUUUGACGCAAAACAGCAAAAUGUGCGUAAACGCUUGUUCAAGAACAAAGAUCCAAACCAGCAGAUUUUAGAUACAAAUGAUGAUCUCGCCGAUGAGGAGCUGCAAGAUGACCUCUCUAAGAUAACUGCUAAACAUCACUCUUCCGCUCUUUCCGGCAGCGGCAAUGACGAUCCCUCCACCAAACGUUAAUAACCUUCCAGUUUUACUACCCAGGAGUUGAAUUGCUUUUGCUGUUAAUGGAACUUCAUCCUAUGCCACCAAGAUUGUUUCCAGGGACUCAAUUCCUUUUGCUGUCAAUAUAAGUUUGUCUUAUGGCAUCGACAAUACCAGCACCUCCUGUUGCCGAUAUAGUUGUAAAUAUAACUUAAUGCUAAACCUUGCUGCGUGAUCAACACUAUUCUUCUGCACCUCACCAUCCAGGGACUAAAUUUCUUUUGCUGUUAAUAUAGCUUCAUCCUGUGCCAUGGACAUCAUCAGCAACACAUGUUCGCGAUAUGAUUGUAAAUACAAACUUAAUGUUAAACCCUCCCGCGCACUACUUUCCUUUUGUUGUUAAUAUAGCUUUAUAGUAAGGCACAAACCCUUAUAAUAUUAAAUUUAA